UUCCUGGCCCUCUCUUUCUGCUCUCCCCACCUUGCCUAUCCCCUUGUCCUGCCCCCGUGUUCCCACGCCCGUCUAAUUAGUACCCCAACCUGUUGCAGUGACAAACGCUCUUCUUCCUUCUUCCUUCCAACAUAUCUCAGACUCAGAUCAAUCAGACGGUCAAGUCGAGUGUAUUUCUCUCUCCUGAUCAUCGCAUGAGCAUCCGACGGCCUCCUCCAUCAUUUCUCUGUUGUGUCUGUUGCCAACUCGACGUCUAACAUAGUUUGGUCGGAUUACAGCUAUCACCAGCUCGGCACAAGAGACGCACCCGGUUCUACCUGUGGGUUUAGGCCUUGGUUGCAGUAGCACCGUCUUUCCAACCCAGCCCCAGCUAUUCGCAGAAAGCCGGCACACAGCGUCGAUUGCGAUCAACUGUUGGCUCAAGGCAACAAAGUGAAGGAAACAGGAACACAGAAAACAGCAUACAUACUUCAGUAUGGCGACAAUCGCCCUCCCGAGACCUAUUGCCCCGCAUCGCCCAACGUCGACGGUGGGACCCGUCCCAACCAUAUCGCUCGAGUCCAUUGGCACUUCUCAAGUGCCCGUACCAAACAAGCAUCUUCCAGUUUGUCCUCCUGGUCCUAUUCCCGCCGAAGAGCCCAAUACUCCUCCUCCAUCACCUCCUCGCGACGACGAUUUGAUCCAGCAGACUUCAUUGCUGUUUCCCCCCGACAAGUUCUCCAAAUUCGAGUCGGGCCCGGCCACCGUCUAUACCGUCAGCCCCACUGAUGUGGCUGCUGCUGUCGACUACAUCUCCCGCCAGCCCUUGCCGGAUCCGAAUCAAGUCUUCCCAUGGUUCCAUGGUCUGCAUCCCCAUAACCAUAUCCAGCAAGCAUUCUUUAUUGCCCGUCAUCGUUCACUCCGCAGAACACCUACAUGUGUCCGGGGGGUUACACUCGUCAAAGCGGACGGUGAUCUGAGCGUCGCCCGUCUCAAAGGUGCUAUAGCUCCUCAAGAACUCAUCAACUUGGCCGCCGCCGCCCCCGAGUUCCUCGAUGUCGACCCCCGCGAUGGCUUUUGUGUGAGAAAUUUCCAGAUUCAAUCUGCCAAAGCCGCCAUGGUUUCAGACAUCAUUGUUUACGGCGAGGAUGAAACGGCCGUUCGCAAAGUGAGCCUCGAUAUUGCGACGGCACAGCUUCGAUGGCGACAGAGGCACGAAGCUCAGGGCCACUCUGUUCCCGAAUACAACACAUUCAUGUGUUAUUCGCCUUUUGACAACUUUGAAACCAACCAUAAAGAGAUUGUUGCUGUCGACGCUCGGGGCCAGCUGACUGGCAAUGUCCUCGACUUUUUCCACCAAGAGCGGAAGGAGAUGUACGACAUGACCAGAGCAUCAGAAAUCUCCCACAACGUUUGGCUCGGCCCAACACCAGAGCCUUCUUCAGGGGAAGACGAACAGUUCGAUGUCUUGAUCGAAUGUAGUGAUGUUGGUCGGCUUAACCCUUCAGCGCUGCGGACCUUGGCUGAGUCUCGGGUUGAACCUGCUCAGAGGCCCUAUAUUGACUUCCCUUCCUCUGGAAGCAUUCUACCACCCACCUGGUCACAAGCUGAAGCCGAUGGCAUUUUGGAAACCUGCAAAUGGAUUUAUCACUUAGCCCAUGGCACGCUUCCAGCCACGAACAGCACCGAUAUCGAUGGGGACGGCGACAUCGACAUGAACGGGCAGACCUUGCCGCCUGUUAAUAGGAGAGAGAGAAAGAUCCUCAUCCACUGUGCCGACGGAUACACUGAGUCCACCAUGCUUGGAAUCGCAUACUUCAGCUACAGCACUGGCAGAGGCAUUGCCGAUGCGUGGCUGGACUUGCAUACCAUCAAGAAGCGGAAUUUCUUCGCCUAUCCUACUGAUGUUGCUCUUCUGACGUGUAUCGAGGCCCGAUUGCUACAUGAGUCGCCUGUUCACUCGGGCAAGGGCCUCGGCGAGAUCACAUCAUUAAUAAAGGAACCAGCGUGGCUUCCCGGCCUCGAUGGAUCAUUGCCUAGCAGAGUUCUCGAAUACAUGUAUCUCGGCAACCUAUGUCACGCGAACAAUCCCGACCUUUUGAGGGCCAUGGGGAUAACUCAAAUCCUGAGUGUUGGCGAGACUUCGAUGUGGAGGGAAGGCGAGCUAGAGCAAUGGGGUCCAGAAAACGUCUGCAUUGUACAGGGAGUGCAGGAUAACGGAAUUGAUCCUUUGACGGAUGAAUUUGAGAGAUGCCUUGAUUUUAUUGAACGUGGCCGGCGCAACGGAACAGCCACACUGGUACAUUGCCGUGUCGGAGUAUCGCGCAGUGCUACCAUUUGCAUCGCCGAAGUAAUGCGAUCGUUGGGACUGUCAUUUCCUCGAGCAUAUUGCUUCGUCCGAGCCCGCAGGCUCAAUGUCAUUAUUCAACCACACCUCCGUUUCGCCUACGAGCUUCUCAAAUGGGAAGAGCUCAAUCAAUUGAAGAAAAAGGGCUCGUCUAGGGUGAAGCGGGAACUCGAAUGGGGUGAAAUUGCCAGAGAGAUUGCCCUGAUGAACCGUCCUUACGCGAGGUAAAGUCGGCUACUUUCUCAAGUCGGCGGCGUGACGCGUAUUCUUCUACCUUGCGUCAACUCCGAGACCAUAUCUCUCGUUUAUUCGCCCACGUGGAUCGUCGGACGUUCUUUAAUAUUAUAUUUACACCAGUGUUGGAUACAUCAGGGAAGGCUGAUCAGCCGGGUCCAAGGCCCGGUCGGUAGCUGUCUAGUUCAGGUUGUAUCCUCAAUGGUAAAACUUCAUGUGGAAUGAUUUGUGCGGAUAUAUGACUGAUGGAACGGCGCUAUGGUAUUAUCUCCUGUGGGUGAGAUUUGAUUCUUCGGGCACUUUGGGAUGGACAGUCCGGCGCAUGAUUUCGACAGCUGUAGCUCGGCUGGCCUGGUAUUUACUUGACUAUGUCUGUUUCUAGGGUGGUAGUGGUGGGAGUGGUGGGGGCCUCCUCACAGCCUCUGUCUAUACAAUCUUUUGAUAAUAAAGGAUACUUGACCGCCAAA